AUGGCGGAGGCUGAUAACCUUAGGGUUGAGACUCUUCAGAAGAUCGUGGAGGUUGUGACGCCGGUUCAAGCGGCGGAGUUUUUGCUCGCCGGGAAAAGAUUACCCGUGUCGCUGCACGAAUGGGGAAGAGUUAGAGAAGAGAGAUAUUUUGGUUGUGCACGUGCGGGGGACGCCGCCACAAGAGGCGGAGCCGGGUAG